AGCUGCCGGACGGACUCUUGCCCCGCUUCAGGACAUGGAGACCAAAAUCCCGCCGGCCGUCACCCCGACCAGCCCGUCCUCCCCCGGGCUGUCCCCCGUGCCCCCACCGGACAAAGUGGACGGUUUCUCCCGCCGGUCGCUUCGCCGCUCCCGCCAGAGACGGUCGCACAGUUCCUCCCAGUUCCGAUACCAGAGCAACCAGCAGGAGCUGACCCCUCUCCCCCUGCUGAAAGAUGCUCCGGUUUCAGAGCUCCACGACCUCCUGUGUAAGAAGCUGCAACAGUGCUCCAUCGUCUUCGACUUCCUGGACUGCGUGGCUGACCUGAAGGGCAAGGAGAUCAAGCGGGCAGCCCUGAACGAGCUGGUGGAGUGCGUGGCCACCAACCGUGGCAUCCUGAUUGAGCCACUCUAUCCGGAGAUCAUCAAGAUGAUCUCAGUCAACAUUUUCCGAAUUCUUCCACCCAGUGAGAACCCUGAGUUUGAUCCCGAAGAAGAUGAACCAAACCUGGAACCGUCUUGGCCCCAUCUCCAACUUGUAUAUGAAUUUUUCCUCCGGUUCCUUGAAAGUCCAGACUUCCAACCCUCGGUUGCCAAGCGCUACAUAGACCAGAAAUUCGUAUUGAUGCUGCUAGAAUUGUUUGACAGCGAAGACCCCAGGGAACGUGAAUACCUCAAGACCAUCCUUCACCGGGUUUACGGCAAAUUCCUGGGCCUUCGGGCGUAUAUUCGCAAGCAAUGCAAUAACAUUUUUUUGAGGUUCAUCUACGAGACGGAGCAUUUCAACGGAGUGGCUGAGUUGUUAGAAAUCCUCGGGAGCAUCAUCAACGGCUUCGCCCUGCCCUUGAAGGCGGAACACAAGCAGUUCCUCAUCCGGGUCCUCAUCCCGCUUCACUCCGUCAAGUCACUCUCCAUUUUCCAUGCCCAGCUGGCCUACUGUGUGGUCCAGUUCUUGGAAAAAGAUGCCACGCUGACCGAGCACGUGAUCCGCGGCCUGUUGAAAUACUGGCCAAAGACCUGCACCCAAAAAGAGGUGAUGCUCUUAGGUGAAAUUGAAGAGAUCCUGGACGUCAUCGAACCGUCGCAGUUUGUGAAGAUCCAGGAGCCCCUCUUCAAGCAAGUGGCCCGCUGCAUCGCCAGCCCCCACUUCCAGGUGGCUGAACGGGCGCUGUAUUUCUGGAACAACGAAUACAUCCUGAGCCUGGUGGAGGACAACUGUCACACGGUACUCCCUACCAUCUUCGGCACGCUCUACCGUGUCUCCAAGGAGCACUGGAACCCGACCAUUGUGUCUCUGGUCUACAACGUCCUCAAGACCUUCAUGGAGAUGAAUGGCAAGCUGUUUGAUGAACUCACUGCCUCCUACAAGGUGGAGAAGCAGCAGGAACUGAAGAAGGAAAAGGAACGCCAGGAGCUCUGGAGGCAUCUGGACGAACUUCAGCUGCAGAAGCUGCAAGGCUUGGAAGAAGCCAAGAUGAACCGCCUGAAUUUGCAACGCACCCUGGCCAGCUAGGAGCCCCUCCACUCCUGGAAAUGACCCCCGUGGGCGGUGGGAGCCACCCAUCGUCCCAGUCUGCGACAGCUGGUGCCCUCCCCUCCAUCCGUGUGCUGAACUGGACCUCCCGUCCUCGGCUGCCCCCCCAUCGAGGCCAGCUAGAAAGCAAAGGAUCAGAGUUUGGGGGCUGGGCUGGGGGGGGGCAGCAGAGGGAGGGGGGAGAGAGGAGUUGGCAGAGCCCCGUGCUGGACUGCGAUGCCCCCCCCCCAAAAAAACUGAUGGGCCUGUAAAUAGGGGAGGCACAGUCUUGCAAAGACAGUUGGGGGAAACGGUUAGAUUGGGAGGGGUGUGGCACUGUUCUAAGGCACUGUUGUACCCAAAUCUAUUUCCCAUCUCUUGGGGGGGGGGAAGAAUUGGAGUGCAAUACUGAAGAGCGAGGGGUAACAGGGCUCCUCCCCCUCCCCUGCUACUCCAGGGCAGCGAAAAUGCCCACCCUGUAGUAGUGACCCUGACCCGCGGCUGUACAGCCCCCCCCUCACCUCCUAACCCCACGCUUCCUUCCCCUCCUCUUUUGCUAGUGACGAAGGGCAGCAGGCAGAAGGAUGGUUCUGGGGGGGGCAUGUGCCGCCAGAGAAGACAGGGCGGCCACCCCGGAAGAAGCCCGCGCAGGGUGCGUGUGUUCAAAAGGGUGGGGUGGUCUUGCGUGGAGAAGAAAUUUGCUCCCACCCACCGAUUGUUUACGUGGAUUGGCAGUUGCGUCCGGCUGGCUAUGUGGCUGUGCGUGCGAGAGAGGAUGCAGGUGGUCUUCACUUUGUCCUCUGCAGUUCGGGGGGGGGGCACGUGCAGGGGGUGUCUCUGUGUGCCCCCUUUCUUUGGUUUGUGUUCCCCAGGAGGUUUCAGAACACACAUACACACACACACACACGGAUUUCCCUUUUGCCCAUGGCCGAAACAAGUUUGCCCUUCUCCUCUCUGUUGUACCCAAAUCUGUUUCCCAUCUCUCCUCCUCUUUUCCACCUAUCUUCACCCUCCUCCUCCCAUUUUCUCUUAUCCUCCUUCCUCCUAUCUUCUUUUCUCCUCUAACUCUUCCUCCACCCCGUUCUCUUCCUCCUCUUCUCCUUCCCCAUCUUCCUUCCUUCUCCUUCUCCCUCUUCUCCUUCCUCCUAUCUUUUGUCCUCUAACAACUAACUCCUCCUCCCUGUUCAUGCCCUCUUUCCUCCUCCUCUUUCCUCUUCCUUCCUCUUCCUCUUCUUCUUCUUCUUCCUUCUCCCCCCACCCAGGUUCCUCACCUUGGGGAAGACAUAUUUGCUGGAGAGGACACCGAGUGACUUCAAAGGAGUUGUAGCAGGCUCUGUGUGUGUGAGUGUCCGCGUGCGCCUGUUAUGUGUAUUUAGGACAGUGGUUCUCAACCUUUUUAAUGCCGUGACCCCCAACCGGUCGUAAGUUGAGGACUACUCAACCGGUCGUAAGUCGAGGACUACUCAGCUGGUGCAGCACCAUUUGCAGAAUGGGACU